GCCGGGCCGGUGAACUCCCGGUCGGGUCGGCUGGGUCCCUGAGCCGUAAACAAAGCCGCCGGGUUUCCGUUCCUCGGCCGCUCGCCCCUCCCCCCGCCCCUUCUACUCCACCCCCGUGGGCGUUCCUGGCGAUGGGGGUCCUCUAGUGUGGAGCGUUUGAUCCUCUGGAAAAGGAUGGAUUUGCUUCGGGACAAGUUAGUGUGCGUGUUCCCCCUUAAAAGUAGAUGAAGGGCAACCAUGGUUGAUGUUGAAAUGAAGGGAGACUCGGUCACAUUGAGCAGUUAACCGGGGACAUGCGAUGGUGGCGCGAGGGGCGAAGGAAAAGUGGGAGCUGUAGUGGGUCCUCCCACUAAGGAAGAAAGAAGUCCUGUCCGACGAGAUGGGGUUGUAAGAAGUGGAGAUGGAGGAACACCGAGGUUUCCCCGCCUGUUUUCUCUCCCCUGUAGUAGUGGUUGUUUUCAUUCCUUCUGUGAUUGAAUCCUGGGCCUCUGGCAUGCAGCAUGCCAAACACAAGCCAAUACAAUGACACACACCCCGCACGACUUCCGGAUAAUUUGUUUGACACUCAGACUGGGUUUCCAGCCAUCCCGUAUCUCAAUACUUCUGUUUGCAACACUCUACAUCCUCUGCCAUAUCUUCCUGACCCGCUUCAAGAAGCCUGCUGAGUUCACCACAGUGGAUGAUGAAGAUGCCACAGUUAACAAGAUUGCGCUGGAGCUGUGCACCUUUACCCUGGCGGUCGCCCUGGGCGCCGUCUUACUCCUGCCCUUCUCCAUCAUCAGCAACGAGGUGCUGCUCUCGUUGCCACGCAACUACUACAUCCAGUGGCUCAAUGGCUCCCUCAUCCAUGGUCUGUGGAACCUCGUUUUCCUCUUCUCCAAUCUGUCCCUCGUCUUCCUUAUGCCCUUUGCAUAUUUCUUCACAGAGUCUGAAGGCUUUGCUGGCUCCAGAAAGGGUGUCCUGGGCCGGGUCUACGAGACAGUGGUGAUGUUGAUCCUCCUCACGCUGCUUGUGCUGGGCAUGGUGUGGGUGGCAUCCGCCAUUGUAGACAAUGACAAGGCCAGCAGGGAGUCGCUCUACGACUUCUGGGAGUACUACCUCCCCUAUCUCUACUCCUGUAUCUCCUUCCUCGGAGUUCUGCUGCUUCUGGUGUGCACUCCACUAGGUCUCGCCCGCAUGUUCUCUGUCACUGGGAAGUUGCUGGUCAAGCCCCGGCUACUGGAAGACCUGGAGGAACAGCUGAACUGCUCAGCCUUUGAGGAGGCAGCUCUGACUCGAAGAAUCUGCAAUCCCACCUCCUGCUGGCUGCCACUGGACAUGGAACUGCUGCAUAGACAGGUCCUGGCUCUGCAGGCACAGAGGGUCCUCUUGGAAAAGCGUCGGAAGGCGUCAGCCUGGCAACGGAACCUGGGCUACCCUCUGGCCAUGCUGUGCUUGCUGGUGCUGACGGGCCUGUCUGUCCUCAUCGUGGCUGUCCACAUCCUGGAGCUGCUUAUUGACGAGGCUGCCAUGCCACGGGGCAUGCAGGAUGCUGCCCUAGGCCAGGCCUCCUUCUCCAAACUGGGAUCCUUUGGCGCCAUCAUCCAGGUUGUGCUGAUAUUUUACCUGAUGGUGUCCUCAGUGGUGGGUUUCUACAGCUCUCCACUCUUUGGAAGCCUGAGGCCUAGGUGGCAUGACACAUCGAUGACACAGAUCAUUGGGAACUGUGUCUGCCUCCUGGUCCUCAGCUCAGCACUUCCUGUCUUCUCUAGAACUCUUGGCCUGACACGCUUUGACCUGCUGGGUGACUUUGGACGCUUCAACUGGCUAGGCAAUUUCUACAUCGUGUUCCUCUACAACGCAGCCUUUGCUGGCCUCACCACACUCUGUCUGGUGAAGACCUUCACGGCAGCUGUGAGGGCAGAGCUGAUCCGAGCCUUUGGGCUGGACAGACUGCCACUGCCUGUCUCUGGGUUUCCCCGGGCUUCUAGGAAGAAGCAGCAUCAAUGACCUCCAGCUGGGGGCUGAGAAGGAGAGAACUGGGCAGUGCCUAGGCCUGGCGGUGAGCCCCAGGGGGCUGCACCUCAGGACCUGGAACCUGAGAGUAGGUGACAGAGGGGACGGACCAUCUGCACUGUUGCUUAAUCUGAGCCAGAGUUUGGGACCCGGCUGGCCUCCUGCCUUUUCAGAUGUAGCUGUGGCCUGAGCAUCCAUCUGGUGGAGCUGGGGGACUCGCUCUAGUUCCUGGACCCAAAUACGUUUACACAUCUAUCUGCCUCAAUCCUGUUCCAGGCCAUGCCUGAAGCCAUGUUUACAUGAUUUGAUGUGCAAUAGGGUGGGUGGGACUUGGGGGGACUGGGCCAGGGGUAGGUUCUGGAGACAGGUCUUCCUUGCCUCUGGCCCAGAAGAGCCGAAGCACUGUGCUAUCCUGUGGAGGGCUUUGGACCACUGGAGAGACCAAGGGUGCUGGGAGGAGGCGGCUGCACCCACGAGCAAUAAAAUUGAUCCCAGGGUUUUCUUGGUUCUUUUGUAA